AUGCACUGCCGCAAUCUGGCGGGUGUCCCACCUAAACACGACAUCGAUGUGGCUUUCGUUCUCACCAAGGGAAAUGUCAGCCACUUGAAGAAAACCAUAGAGCCUAGUGGACAGUACUGGCAGAGCGCUGUCGGAAAGUUCAGCGGCCGGUGCUAUAUCUGCAUCUUAGAGCUCUACAGAAUCGGUUUAAAGACGUAG